UUCAAUUUAAUAAAUUAACACGACACUCCUUUCUAACUGUACAGGAUUAUAUUUAGUUAGUCAGGAACCUUGGAGAAUACUUUAUCAUGGGGAAUAAAUUAGUUACUUUUACUGAGCAACAAUUGGAGAAUUACCAAGAUUGUACGUUUUUCGCACGAAAAGAAAUCUUGAGGGUACAAAAAAGAUACAGGGAGUUAAGGCCAAAUUUAGUCCCGAAACGAAUGACGGGAAAUGAAGCUGUUGAAGUAAAAAUUCCCUUGGAAAACAUGGAGAAGUUACCCGAAUUGCGGGAGAAUCCUUUUCGUCGUCGUAUUUGUCAAGUUUUUUCGCGAGAUGGUAAAGGAGCUUUAUCGUUUGAAGAUUUUCUUGAUUUAUUAUCUGUAUUCAGCGAACAAGCACCCCGCGAUAUUAAAGUAUAUUACACAUUUAGAAUAUAUGAUUUCGAUGGGGACAAUCACAUAGGGCCCGAAGAUCUCGAGCAAGCUCUACAUUUAUUAACAAGAAACGAACUAUCAUCCGAAGAUAUACAACAAAUUGUUGAGAAAGUUGUUGAAGAGGGUGAUGUUGAUGGUGAUGGAAAACUCUCUUAUAUGGAGUUCGAACAUGUUAUAACUAGAGCACCCGAUUUUUUUUCUAAUUUUCAUAUUAGAAUGUAAAUUCAAAAACAAUUUU